UUUCAGCCAUCGCCCGUUCUACGCGUGCGUUGUAGGUCCGGACCGGAAUCGAAAUAUUUUUUCAAUUUGUUUUCAUAUAUCAAUCACCGGUACAGCACAAUAACAUUAAUUGCAAUUAUUAUUGUUGUCCACGCGACGUGCGCGAUGACGGUUUCCGACAACGCGUAUAAAACCGAAAGACCCACAAUACGACGAUAUUGUAUUCGCAACACAUCGCCAUCGUCACCAUGUCAUUAUUGCUGAACAGCGGAGGAUGCUGCGGUCACAGUACCACGACGGUCAUGACGCUGUCGGUUGCCAUUCUGCUGACUGUCGGACAAGUCCACAACCUUAAGUGCAGGACGGCAGACCACUCGAGACGCCAUGGGGAGUUUAUCGACAUAGCUGAACAGUGCAACAACACGACUUCGGGUGACCGGCCAGCGUCGGCGGUGGACGGCGAUUAUUCUACUUACGCGUCCGGCGGCGACAACGACGGCCGGUGGAACGGAGACGGCCGGCGGAACAACAACAAUAACAACAACAACAACAACAACAACAAUCGAGAGUUCAGCGUGAACCGACAGGACUUCAGCGGCAACCGUGGUAGCGGUGGUGGUUACGACCGCGAUCAGUCGUCGUGCGGUGAAGCCCGACCGCAACAAUAUUCGGGGAACACGGGCAGCCGAUCUAAGAAUCAUCGGCAAGGGAGUUAUCCAAGUGCCGAUUACGAUUUGGGACAGUCAAAUUCCAACUAUAACCGACAGUCGUUGCCGACGAGACGGUACCGUAGAGAUGACAGCAAUGAGAAGAGCAAACGUCAGAAGGCGGCCGUGACGGGCAGCAAUAACAGACUUUUGGGGAACAAUCGUUUCAGAAACGUGACGAAAACCGGAGGAAACCAGGCGGGCAAAGGGACGUACCUCGACAAAAUGGACGCCUGCACAGUACAUUGCGUGUUCAACCAAUUAGAAAUGCUGAACUCGAACUCUCGUCCAGACAAAUAUUCGAUAGUUAACAUCAUGACCAAUCAAAUAAAAGACGUCGAAUUAAAGGAAUUCAUACAGGACUCUAUCGACGAAUGUUUCGACACUCUCGAGCUGGACUCGAAUAAUAACAAAUGCGAAUUUUCAAAAAACUUCGCUGUGUGCAUGGAGAAUAAAGCUCAAAGGAAUUGCGACGAUUGGGAUGAAAACUUAUCCGCGAACAAAAUCAACUCGGCCGGCUUGCAAGACGGAACCAACCAGCAAGACAAAAGAAAAGGAUAUUAAAAAAGUUUCUGCGUAGAAAAAUAUUAAUGUGAUUGAUUAAGUUAUUUCAACUAUUUAUUAAACGUUUAAAAGUCGACAUUA